CCCAAACGGAGAAAGAUUCGAAAGGGCACGCAAAGCUGUUGGGAGUGCAAGCGGAGAAAGAUCCGAUGCACUUUUGCCUCUCCAACUGAGUCUGUAUGUGACGGGUGCAGAAGUCGUCGCGUCAAGUGCCUCAGCCAGGAAUAUCAUGACGAUGCAAGAUUGGCACCAGCAUCUGAUAAACGAGGGAGCAAUGUUGACAAAAUUACUAACACCAAAAAGCGCGGCCAAGCUGGCGGUUCACAUGGCGUUGCAUCACCUUCCAUAUACAACUAUAUAAACAGCGCAGCAUUUAUCAGUUCGCCAGACAAUCAUGAUGGAAUCUCUCAGCAGCUUCUCGCAGCAUGGCCAAGCCAGCCUGAGCUUGAGACCAUAUCAGAAAUGAAAAUCAGUAAUACUUUCAUGCUAUUCCACGGCGUCACAUGCAUGCCAUACUCGGAUUUCAUGAGCAACGACCUACCAUCGCUUCAAGACGUGUUGCAGCCGCCUCUACCGGGAUCUCACCCAGUCUUGAUUGCUCGCAGGCUUCUCAUGCUGGGCGUUUUUCUGCAAAGCGAGUCACUUCUGUCAUCUGAGUUGCAGGUCAUCAUGUCUCGGGUUGUCGAAACCGCAAACAGACUGGUUGUUUGCAAUGAAGACCUGGCGAGCUCACUUGAAGGCAUCGAGUGCAUCAUGAUGGAGAGCAUGUUUCGUAACAAUGCGGGCAAUCUCCGCGGCGCCUGGGUCUCAAAUCGCCGAGCCAUGACUAUGGCGCAAGUCAUGAGCCUUCAUCGAUACAGAAACACUGUUUCUGGUGGUAGCAAUAGAGAUUGGAGUGCCAGGCCUCUGCCAAAAACAAUCGAUGCUGAGACGCGAAAUCGUAUUGAACCUGAGUUUAUGUGGUUUCGGCUGGUCGCUACAGAUAGAUAUCUAUCCUUGAUAUUGGGGUUGCCACAGGAAUCACUACAAGACCCCCAUUCCGUCUGCUUGGAGUCCAAAGAGCCCAACGAUUGCGCACUAGUAGAUCGCCUUGAGCGCCUUCAAGUAGUUGCCGCGGGACUCAUUCUGCAACGAAAUAGCACAAACAUUCACAACCUUGAAGCAACACUCAGAGUGGACAAACUUCUUCAAGAGGCGGCGGCUUUAACGCCUGCCCAGUGGUGGCUCCCUCCCGAUCCCUUGUCCAUCACGGGUGAUUCUAUGGAAGCUUUCAAAGAAACGCUCCGGCUCAUGUAUCAGCUUACCCAUUUUCAUUUACUUGCACAAUUACAUCUCCCAUAUAUCCUCUUGACUUCCAACGAUCGGAAAUACGACUAUAGCAAGAUGACGGCUAUCAACGCGAGCCGGGAGAUACUAUCCCGUUUCGUCCUUUACUUUGACAGUAGUUCCAACUGCUCCUCCUACUGCCGCGGAAUCGACUUUUUGACUUUUAUCGCUAGUAUGACGCUGUGUCUUGCUCAUAUAAAAGGGCAUUGUCAGCGUCAUACUAGUAUCAUGAACAACGAGACUACCAGCGUCUUUCAACUUCUCGUACAUCAGCGCCCUCAAGACAUUGGAUUCAUAGAGCGUAUAAUGGAGAGUAUGGAACACAAAACAACAAAAGACAACAACCCCAUUACUCAAACAAUUACCAACAGCCUGAGACAGCUUGUGGCCAUUGAAGCUUCUGUGGCCAGUCAGAGUUACUUUACUGCAAGCCUCUCUUGCCAAAUCGGCUGCGAUGGACUUGAGAGCAGUGGUAUCAGUAUGCAUAUGAAGAAUGACGUGUUGCACAUCUACGUGCCUUACUAUGGUACUAUUAGAGUAGAGCGCGAAAGAUCU